UCCGGUAGAUGGCAGUAAGUGUGUGUUGUGUUGCAGCCGUAACUAAAGAAGAACCUCACGUGAUUUAAAACAAACAAAAUAUCAACAUCUUAGGAAAGAAGUAUAUAUUUGACUGUAUCAGCGAACUGAAACUGAGUUAUAUAUAAGUUGUAGAAUAAGUCGUAUAUUACGAAAGUAAUGAUGGAUUUAGACUUUUACAGCUUCGGUUUUUUGAACUGGCUUGUGACUAAUGAAUGAAUUAUAUGCUUACAAGACUAUAGUAGAGUUGCAAAGAAUACAAAGUAACCUUGACAAUACUAUAAAAAACUCGAUUAACCAUGCGGAGAAGACCACAGUCUGCAGCUUUAACUCCGGCAUAUUUGAGGAUUGGGAGUGAGAAAACAGUUUCAGCAGCACAGUCCCAGUUUCACACAGAUCUCUGGCUCUGUUUCACUGUGCAAAACUGGAUACUGGACUUUGGGAGGCCAAUUGCUAUGAUCGUAAUGCCUCUAGAAUGGUUUCCUCUAAAUAAACCAAGUGUUGGAGAUUAUUUUCACAUGGCAUAUAAUGUCAUUACACCAUUCUUAUUACUGAAGCUGAUUGAGCGGAGUCCCACUGCUCUUCCUCGCUCCGCAGUUUAUCUCAGCAUCAUCACCUUUGUCAUGGGCGCCAGCAUACACCUAGUGGGAGACUCUAUUAACCAUCGUCUCAUCCUCAGUGGAUACCAGCUUCAUCUUUCUGUCAGAGAGAACCCCAUCAUCAAGGAUCUGAAGCCUACCUCACUGAUUGAUUCCUUUGAGCUUCUGUAUUACUAUGAUGAGCACUUAGGGCAUUGCAUGUGGUAUGUCCCAUUCUUCCUCAUCCUCUUCUUGUAUUUCACUGGCUGCUUUACACAAGCUAAAGAUGAGAGGAUGCCUUACUCAGGUUGGCUGCUACUUGGCCCUAGUGCAGUGUACUAUUGGUAUCUGAUCACUGAGGGGCAGAUUUUUGUUCUGUACGUCUUCACCUUUUUUGCCAUGGUUGCCACUGUGAUGCGCCAGAGGCGGAUGGGCUUCAUGCUAGACAGCAAUGGCCGUUUCCUCUUCUAUAACUUCAUCAUUACUCUGGGAUUAGUUCUGGUUUGGGUCGCAUAUCUGUGGAAUGAUGAAGUUUUGCGCAAAAAGUAUCCCGGUAUCAUCUAUGUCCCUGAGCCGUGGUCCUUUUAUACCUUACACAUCAAAGGCAGUUAAAUACCAACAUUAAAUCUGAGCUACAUUUCUGUUACGUUUCUCCAAUAAAAAGAGUUUAAAUAUGAGUUUACCCAAGUUCAAUGACACUUUGAGUGAAACUAAAAACAUUUGCUCUUGAAUUCUGGUUAGAGACUUUUUUAAAGGGGUCAUGAAUUGAGAAAUUUUCCUUGUGCUUUUAACAUAUAAGAGGUCAUUGUACUGUAAAAAAUAUCUUGUAAUUUUCAGAACUCAAAACUUCCUCUUAAGUCAAAAUAAAAUGUAAAUUUUAUUGAAACCAAGUUGCCAAAAUGACUCGUUUUGGAUUUUGUCACAGUAUUACGUCAAUACGAGAGACGCAAACACAGGAUUAGUCCAGCAACAAUAGAGAACGUAAAGAAGUUUGCUUUUGUUGUUGUUUUGAUCUAAGCCAUUCGCUGCAAUCCUGAAUAAAAGCUUCAGUGAGUGACAUCUUCUGUUUUGUCAUCAGUAAGGCAUUACUUUAGGCAUUUCACUUUAUUGAAAAGAUUGAUGAAUAGCCUAUAAUUACAACAGUGCGACAAAAGAUGGUACAUUCAUUCAUAAUUCCAUUUUCACGAAACACUGUAAGUUAUCAUUUGUCAACUACAAAUCCAAGUACCUAAACUUUAUUUGCCACAACCAAGACUUAUGUAAAAGUAAAAGCUUAUGUAAAACACAUAAAUGUUUCAAAUUGUUGGCAAAUGUUUCAAAUAUGUAACAAGAUAUUUUUAAACAUCGGAAGUUUUCAAAACAAUUCCCAACAAGUGUAACGUUGAAAAUUAUUUUAAUAUGCAAAAUUGUUACUGAAUCAGAGCAGUGGCCGUUUACUUCUGAGUUUUGAAUGCGGCACACCCAUCAAAAUGGAGUGAAAGAGAGGGUCAAAAACAGGAUAGAAAAUACCCUAUUACUUCUAAAUCAGGAUAUCUUUUGAUGUAAAAAUCUUGAUAACAUUAUAAAUGGACCUCAGAGAACAUUAUAAAAUAAAAACAAAAUAAAAACUUCAGUUCAUGACCCCUUUAAGUUCCAGUGUUACUUACUCCUUGUGUCUUCCCAAGGCAAACUAUAUGUUUAUCAUUUUUGUAUAUUGAAUAAUAAAGUAAUUUCAUCAUUGUGGUUUACUGUAAAAUUGUUCCUUUUAUGUCCUUGUUUUAUCUAAAUAAAGGUUGUACUCCCUAAA